AUGCAGGUGGCGAAGACAUGCGGGGCGUGCAAGCAGCCCAUAGAGGGUGAGUGUUUGGUGGCGUUUGACAUGGCGUGGCACACCAACCAUUUGCUGUGCAAAGUUUGCGGGACUACGUUUUCUCAAGGUAACCUGUGCGAGGGGUCUGACGGAUACGCGUAUUGUUUGGAGCACUGGCGUCAGACGUUCUGUCCCAUAUGCGCCGAAUGCAAUGAGUACAUUGAGGGGCCGAACGUGAAUGCGUUAGACAGGUUCUACCACCCGGACCACUUCACUUGUGUGAUGUGCAAGAAGAGGCUUGAGGCGCAGUUUUACGCGUCUUCAGACGGGAAGCCGUUGUGCGAGCUAGAUUACCAUCGCGAGAACAACAAUUUGUGCAAGAGUUGUCAGAACCCGAUUAUUUCUGGAAAACUUGUCAAAAUCGAUAUCAACGAUAAAGAGGCUAGAUAUCACGCGGAGCAUUUUACAUGCAGCUUUUGCCAGACGAAUUUAGUGGGCAAAAAGUACAAGCUGAAAAAGGACCAGCCCUAUUGCAUCGAUUGCUCGCUCAAGCUGUUCGAGUGAAGAAGAAAUCAUCGUACACACGUCUGAGACAGAAACGUGGGCGCGAACCAUCAGAAAUAAAAGUCUUCUCAGCACCUACUGCGAACGGAGGUAGGGGGCGUGGCGGAACGGUCGCGCGCUCGGUGUAUCGUCCUCGGUUCCCGGGACUUGUAGGGACGGCGCGGACUGUCGCGGUGUUUGA